AUGGAGAAAAAUGAUCAAAGAGACAUUUGUGUAAAAUUGUUACUACAAAUAGAAGAAAACAAAACUUCACCCGUAUUUGAAACAGCAAUUAGUACAUUACAACAUUAUGCAGCUACACAAGGAUUCGAAGAAGAAGACUUUGAGUUAUUAGCUGGUAUUAUUGUAAAAAUUAAUACGAGUGCUACUAGAAUGGUGUCUUUGACAAAAUGUUUAGUUCCAAAAUUUAAAGUAUCUAAUAAGGCAUUUAAAAAGAUUACCUCUUGGUUCUUAUCGUCAGUGGAUAAAUUGCCUAUUACUGUAUCAAUUAGCAUUACACAGUGGAUAAUUGGUUUAUGGGACCAUCACUUAGUCGAUAAAAAAGUUGUAAAUAUAUAUUAUAGUGUAUUUUUUUGUGUGAUGUUAAAAAAAGAAAAAUUGGAAAAGCAUCUAGCACGUUUGGUGUAUGUAUUAUCAAAACCUGAAGAUGUAACACGUAAAAAUGUGUGUCGCUUAUUAGCUCUGCGUAAAACACAUUCAAAACCUAGAACACACAUUAUUGUUAUACUGUCAUUAUUCAAGGCUUACAAACCUGAAUUGGUUCCUGAAAGUAUUAAUUCUGUAAAUGUAGAGAGUGUGUGGAAACCACUACCCGAAGUUUUACAAGAAAUAUUUCAAAAUGCAAAAGCGCGAGUAGAUCUUAGAUAUCAGCAAACAUCUGACAUAGAUGAGAAAUGUUUUAAUUGGAAUACGUUUGAGGUGAAAACAAAAAGACAGAAAACUACACAAGUUCUGUUACCAUCUGUGGGAUAUUUUCAAAUUGGUUCUAGUAUUUUCAAAGAAAAAGAAACGACAUCCAUUUUUGAUAUUUCCAGCACAGAGGAAUUGGGAAAAUCACAUUUAAACAUAGAAUUGCCAUGUAAUGCUGUAUCUCUGUUAGCUAAUACAGCUGGACACCAUCUUCUUACAUAUGCUGAUUUCCACUAUCAAAGUAGAUUCUCUUAUAAUCUUUAUAAUACUUUAAUAAGAGCAUUUAUAUUGGAAAAUGAGAAAUUUUCUGAAGAAGAAAUUAAUAAAUUACUUGACAUGACUAUAGAAUUUUCACGAUACAUGCAACAAGGUAUACUUGUUGUUAAUCGUUUCCUUGAUGAAUACCUUUAUUUCAACACUGGAGAGUAUCAAUCAAAGUUAUUGGCUCUAAUGGAAUGGAUGACUACAGUAUCUAUUAGUGAUUUACAGGACAAAGUAUUAAUACAUGUACAAAAUAUGUUUUAUGAAUCAACAAUAGAAACAAAGUGUGAAAUUAUCAGAAUGUUGAAAAAGUUGAUCACAAACUUGUUUGUUGCUCAAGGAUUUGAAGAAUGUGAUCACACAAUACCUGCACCAUUUUUAGGUCAACGUCCAGUAGACAAGUUAGAAGAUAUUCUUCCUAUUCUUACAAAAUUCGCUCAAAAUAUUAUUAUAUCUGGUUUAAAUAUACAUAAUUACAAUGGUAUAUUACUUGUAGAAGCAUUGUCAUUUUAUAACGAGAUUUGUACACUGGAAAUGCGAAGUUGCUUGCUUUGUUUUACAGUAGCACCUGCUGCAGUAAUUUAUGGAGGUUUCCUUACCAAAAAUUGUACAAUUUUAUCAAAGACAUGCCAGUUACUAUUAAAGUAUCGUAGUAUGACUUUAAAAUUUGAACAUCGUAAAUUACCAAGUUCUUUAAAAAAAAAAAUUCAAAAUAUAUCUAUUUAUGCUCAAUCUAUUAUUGAAGCCCUAUGGUUUGAUGAGUCGAUUACAGAAAGAGAUAAAUUAUAUUUUUUUCAAAAUAUACCAGAUAAUGUGAUAAAAUAUAUCAGCUAUGAUGACUUUAAGAGUCUUUUAAAUAUUAGUAAUCACUAUAGCAUUUUACCUUACAAGUGUACACUAAAAAAAACAGGACUUAACAUAAAUACAAAACAGGAUGCUAAAUGUAUAGCUAUCUAUUACUACCCAUUUGUGAAUGAAUUUCUUGAUAUAUUUCAGAGUUAACUCCUAUGACAAUAAAUGAGUUUUAACCGUU